UGCAGGCGACUUGGUCCCGCAGGACCGGAGCCAUGGCCGCCGCCUGGGCGCCAGGUGACCUCGCGGGGCUGGGGAGCCAGGAGGCGCCCCCAGGCCCUACGCCGCUCCCCGAGCUCAUCGGCCGCAAGCGGGACGGGCAGCGCCUGAGCGAGGGGCACAUCCAGGGGUUCGUGCGCGCCGUGGUGGACGGGAGCGCCCAGGGCACGCAGAUCGGGGCCAUGCUCAUGGCCAUCCGGCUGCGCGGCAUGGACCUGGACGAGACGGCGGCGCUCACCCGGGCCCUGGCCCGGUCCGGGCAGCAGCUGGAGUGGCCCGAGGCGUGGCGCCAGCAGCUCGUGGACAAACACUCCACGGGGGGCGUGGGUGACAAGGUCAGCCUCGUCCUGGCACCGGCCCUGGCUGCCUGUGGCUGCAAGGUGCCAAUGAUCAGUGGACGAGGCCUGGGACACACAGGGGGCACCUUGGACAAGCUGGAGUCCAUUCCUGGGUUCACAGUCAUCCAGAGCCCAGAGCAGAUGCGUGGGCUGCUGGAGCAUGUCGGCUGCUGCAUCGUGGGUCAGAGCCAGAGGCUGGUCCCUGCGGACGGGGCCCUGUACGCAGCCCGGGACGUGACGGCCACGGUGGACAGCCUGCCCCUCAUCACAGCCUCCAUCCUCAGUAAGAAGGCCGUGGAGGGACUCUCGGCGCUGGUGGUGGACGUCAAGUUCGGAGAGGCGGCCGUGUUCCCCAGCCGGGCCCAGGCCCGGGAGCUGGCAGAAGCGCUGGUUGGCGUGGGGGCAGGCCUGGGGCUGCGGGUGGCAGCUGCCCUGACGGCCAUGGACAAGCCCCUGGGCCGCAGCGUGGGUCACUCCCUGGAGGUGGAAGAGGCCCUGCUAUGCAUGGACGGCGCGGGGCCUCCGGACCUGCGCGACCUGGUCACUAGGCUCGGGGGCGCCCUGCUGUGGCUCAGCGGGAUGGCGGAGGCCCAGGCCGAAGGCGCCGCCCGGGGCGACUUCAGCCUGCUGGACCACCUGGGCCGGGCGCGCAGCAAGGCGGACUUCCGCGGCCAGUGGGUGCUCCUGUACUUCGGCUUCACGCACUGCCCCGACAUCUGCCCCGACGAGCUGGAGAAGCUGGCGCGGGCCGUGCGGCUGCUGGACGCGGAGCCCGGCCUGCCCCCCGUGCAGCCCGUCUUCGUCACCGUGGACCCCGAGCGCGACGACGUGGCGGCCAUGGCGCGCUACGUGCGGGACUUCCACCCGCGGCUGCUGGGCCUGACGGGCUCGGCCGAGCAGGUGGCCCGCGCCAGCCGCAGCUACCGCGUGUACUACCAGGCGGGCCCGCGGGACGCCGACCAGGACUACAUCGUGGACCACUCGGUGGCCAUCUACCUGCUCAGCCCCGACGGCCUCUUCACGGACUACUACGGCCGGGCGCGCUCCGCCGAGCAGAUCGCCGACAGCGUGCGGCGCCACAUGGCGGCCUUCCGCAGUGUCCUCCCCGAGACGCAUUAAAGGCUACAGGGCCCUGGC